AUGGUCUACCAAGGACGAAGUCACUUACAAGACCAACAGCGCUCCCAGAGCUGCCAAACUGUGGAUUUAGGAGGAUCUCCACAACCAUUUCAGUCAAGCACACGCGUUCCGGGUGCAAAGGACACCGAAGCGACAUUGGUUAACUGGGAUUCCGAGGAUGAACAUCCCAACAAGACAUUUGGUACACCUAUUCCCCUCAAUUCCGAUCCGGAUAGGAUUGAAAAAGUUCCUUCGCAGCGGAACACAGAGACACCUUUGACAGAAGAAUCCUCCAAAGAGCCAGAGAUUGACGCCAUUUUCAAACGCGUAGAUCAAAGAAGUCUUGCGCAUCUCGAGGCCGAGUCAACGGCGGAAAUUCGCAAUUUUUUGUAUGGAGAGAAAAACUUUUGGGAUCCAAUCACAAGAAAAGAGGUGCCGCCUUCAGCACCAGUAUUGGUCACUUGA